GUGAACGCUCGCCCGUGUCUCCUUAUUAAUAGCCUCCAGUAAAUGGACGCUAUCAAACGAUUUGGUAUCAGCUACGAACACAGCUCUUGGUUAAGUGGGACUCUGAAUAUUCUGCUACAAUGGCUUUUGAGAGACACUCAGGUCCACGUCACUACACUGCGGGCACCAUGUCAGAACGCUUUGAUUGUCACUACUGUAGAGCCCCUUUGCAAGGAAAGAAGUAUGUGGAGAAGGACGGACAUAACUGCUGUGUGAAGUGCUUUGAGAAGAUAUGUGCCAACACCUGCGCGGAGUGCAGAAAACCCAUUGGUGCGGACGCCAAGGAGCUCCACUACAAGAACCGUUAUUGGCAUGACACCUGCUUCCGGUGCGCUAAAUGCUACCAUCCUCUGGCCAACGAGCAAUUUAUUGCUAAAGACAAUAAGAUCUUGUGUUCCAAGUGCACCACCCGGGAGGACUCCCUCCGAUGCGGUGCAUGCCACAAGCACAUUACACCAGGAGGACGCAAUGUCGAAUACAAGGGCAGCGCCUGGCACGAGGAAUGCUUUAUAUGCAGCAACUGCAAGCAAGCGAUAGGGACGGGGAGUUUCUUUCCCAAAGGGACGGAUAUCUUUUGCGUUGCCUGCCAUGAACAAAAGUUUGCAAAACACUGUGUGAAGUGCAAGAAUCCUAUAACGUCCGGUGGGAUAACCUACCAGGACCAGCCUUGGCACGGCGAUUGCUUUGUGUGUGAGACCUGCCACAAGAAGCUCGCUGGCCAGCGCUUCACCGCCGUUGAAGAUGCCUACUACUGCGUUGACUGUUACAAGACUUUCGUGGCUAAGAAGUGCUCUGGAUGUAACAACCCCAUCACCGGAUUUGGAAAAGGCUCCAAUGUCGUGAACUACGAAGGGCAUUCUUGGCAUGAGUACUGCUUCACCUGCAAGAAGUGUUCUCUCUCUCUGGCUAACAAGCGCUUUGUACGCCAUAACGAGCAGAUCUACUGCCCCGACUGUGCCAAGAAACUGUAAAAAGGGCAUUAAACAUACAUGCCACUCGCUACUUUUGCCAUUAUGCAGUCAUAUUGGGAAUCCAUACAUACAUAUAUACAAUUUACUAUGCUUGUCAAUGACAUACAAUUAUUGCAUGGCAUUACGUGUAUUCUGCACAGCAAACAAGGAAUAUCGCACACAAGUUUCCUUCCUAUAGAAGGAGGCAGAAUGAAUGUUUCUUCACUAACACGUUUAUAUCGAUACGUGUAUAUAUACACAAACGACGCUUUAUGCAUGUUAAGGUUUGGUAAGGCUUUAAUCUUAAGGAAGCAGUGAAUAAAAAAAAUAGAAUAUGAAUACAUCUAAAAUUAAAGCAAAAUUGCAUGAAAACUUGAUUGUCGUGGCGUUUAUUUAUGGAGUUUAAUUGCGGAUAAAAAGUGGAGACUUGAUUGAAUCAUUGGAAAUGACAAAAAAAAAAAAUUAGAGCAUAUUUUGCAGAGCUUGAAGUGUUCAAUGUCAUCAAGAAUUUAAGAUCAUAUUUACAAUAAAUUUGCAAAAGAAUAAAUGCAUGUGAAAAAACAAACUGUUCUGAAGCUUUUUUUUAUUGCAGUCAAUACCAAUGAUUAUCACCGAUUUCUCCACUUCUCAAACCGAUCGCCCGCUUUUCCGUGGGUUAAGAAAGUGUCCUAAACAACUAUAGCUGAAUGUUAUGCAUAUUAACAGAAUGUUUAAAUAACCACAAAUCCAUCAUGUGAAAGAAUAUCACUUUUUAAAAAAGCAUCGUAACAGAAAAAUUGUAUCUUUAUAGCAAUCGGUUUUCAGUUAUCAGUUGCACAACACUGUUUGGUAUUAAGCCUUUUAAAAAGCUGUUUCUUGUGAAAUAAUAAAAAAAUGAGAAAAAAAGAA